AGACGCAACACCAAGAAAGAGGGGUGGCGUGGGUGUUGGGGUGGCGUUGAGGUGAAGCUACAGGGAGCGAGGGAGGGAGAGAGAUCUUGAAAUUACGUGGAGAGUAUUGGAGUUAAGCAUGACAUUUUCUCCAAAAAUCCGCCUUACGUUGAGUACAAAGCUUGUUUACAAGUCACCUCAAAGUUUCCUCCCUUUGUCCCUUUGUCCGUUAAUCUCUCUCUUUUUCUCUAUCUUUCUUACGUUGUUAACUCACCCCUGCUGUCCUCAUCUGCACUCUGCCUCUACCUCACGGCCCUCCUGAGGCCUUUCAAGAAUUGUGAAAUUUCACGUUUAUUUCUUCCCACAAAGUUUCCACUCAUAUUUCUUCUCGUGAUUAUUUUUUCGCAACUUUUCUUCAUUAAUUCUGGGGGUGCCUAUGAAUUCGAGGAGGCAUUUGUUGCUGUUUUUAUUGUUGAUCGAGUUGAUAUGUGCGGUGAAGGGCAAUGUGGUUUUUAAAGUUCAACAUAAAUUUGGAGGCCGUGGGAAGGGCGUGGAGGCUUUGAGGGCUCUCAAGGCUCAUGAUUCUGGCCGCCAUGGCCGACUGCUGUCAGCCGUUGAUUUUCAGUUAGGCGGCAAUGGGAAGCCUACAGAUGCAGCGCUGUAUUACACCAAGAUUUCUAUUGGGUCUCCUCCGAAUGACUAUUAUGUACAGGUCGAUACAGGAAGUGACAUUCUCUGGGUGAAUUGUAAAGACUGUGAUCGGUGUCCUACAAAAACUGACCUUAAUAUACCCUUGAAUCAGUAUGACAUAACGGCCUCUUCAACCGGCAAGAAAAUAAUGUGCGAUCAAGAGUUUUGCAAAACUGUGUUCACUGGUCCGAGUUCAGAUUGCAAGGUUGGAAUGGCCUGUGAAUAUGGCAUCACUUAUGGUGACAAGAGUAAAACUGAGGGCUUUUUUGUCAAUGAUUACAUCAGACUUGAUCAAGUGUCAGGAAACCUUCAAACGACAAUCAUGAAUGGGUCAAUAGCAUUUGGGUGUUCAACUAAACAAUCUGGAGAUUUAGAUUCAUCCUCUCAAGCAGUUGAUGGAAUAAUAGGUUUUGGACAAUUGAACACAUCCGUUCUUUCACAGCUUGCUUUGUCUAAAAAGGUGAAAAAGGUAUUUUCACAUUGCCUGGAUGGAAGAAUUGGAGGUGGCAUAUUUGCUAUUGGAGAAUUGGCACAGCCAAAAGUAAAUUCAAUACCACUAGUCAAAAACGAGGCGCACUACAAUGUUCUUAUGAAGGCAGUUGAUGUGGGUGGUCAAUCUCUAGACCUUUCAACUGAUUUUUUGGGCUAUGAUACCAGUGGAGAUACGAUUAUCGACAGUGGUACAACUUUGGCUUAUCUUCCAUCUGGGCUUUAUAAUCAGGUUAUUGAAAAGAUGAUGGUACAGCAACCUGAUUUGCAAACUCAUUCAGUCGAGGAGCAGUUCAAAUGCUUUUGGUAUAACGGGAAUGUUGAUGAUGGAUUUCCAGUCGUCACUUUUCAUUUUCAGGGCAAAAUUCUUUUGGCAGUUUAUCCCCAUGAUUAUCUGUUUGAAGUUCGUGAUAACGAGUACUGUAUUGGUUGGCAAAGUAGUGGAAUGCAGUCAAGAGAUGGAAAGGAAUUGACUUUGUUAGGGGAUAUUGUAUUAUCAAACAAGAUUGUUCUGUAUGACCUCGAAAAUCAGACCAUUGGAUGGACAGACUACGACUGCUCUUCAAGCAUCAAGGUGAUAGAUGAUGUCUCAGGGAACAUAUAUUCUGUGAGCGCCCAUGAUAUUACUUCGUGUUCCAGUCUGAUUAAAGCGAGUGUUCUGCCGAUUGUUUUGUUAAUAGCCAUCCUGCUGAAUUCGAUAGAAUGAUCUCUUGGUAAGAUAUCAGUUGUUGCUCAACUGAUCCUACUUGAGGAUCCGUGUUCUGCUGCUCAAUUGAAGAAUGUUCCUCUUGAAAUCUUGCAAACCGGGUGAAUAUAAAAAUGGUCAGGCCAGAGCUAUGUAUUAGAAAUCAGUAGGCCGAUUUGUGAAAUGUAAUUCUCAAGUUAUAUUCAAUGGACGAUCACAGCAAACUGUUUUUGUAUUAAUAAAAUGAACAAAAAUUGAAUGACA